CGUCUCAAAGAGAAAGUAGACGGCCUACGUGCAGUCGACUGAGGUGUACACAAAAAGAAUUUAGUAUUGAAAAGAUUUCAGUUUUUGAACAUGGCGCAGCCCAUGGUUAAAUUGGCAGUUCUACGCCCUGGGUCAUUUUUGCGGUCAGCCACGAACUCUAAUUUCCGGGCUCGGUUUCUGUGCGCUGUCUCUUCCACUAAUGCAUUACAUUGGAAGUGUUCCAUAUCAAAACUUCAGUCACAGAAGUCAGAUUUUUUCUCAAAGUCAGCAUUGUUAAAAAGAAACAGGAAUUGUGUUUGCAUAGGAACUCGAAAGAUGUCUGACAUCACUGGAAAAGAAAAAGAUUAUAUUUUUAGACAGCUGCUGGACUACAAAUCCUUCACUUACACCUACCUCUUAGCUGAUCCAGUCACCAAGGAGGCAAUACUUAUUGACCCUGUGUACGAACUUGUCGACCGUGAUGUUAACCUAGUUCACGCCCUUGGCCUUGAUCUCAAAUUUGCAAUUAACACACAUGUCCAUGCUGACCACAUCACGGGCACUGGUGAGAUAAAGAAGAGGAUCCCCUCAUGUAAAAGUGUGAUCACAGAGGUCAGCGGAGCCAGUGCCGAUAUCAGAAGUAAAGACGGGUCAAAGGUCGAGUUUGGAAACUUUUCGUUGGAGGUGGUGAGAACCCCAGGCCACACCAAUGGGUGCUGUACCUACAUUUGGCAUGAGAAAGGGAUGGCAUUCACGGGGGAUGCACUGCUCAUCCGUGGCUGUGGGCGUACAGAUUUUCAGGAAGGUGAUUCAGCCACACUGUAUGAGUCUGUACACUCAAAGAUCUUCACUCUCCCAUCUAACUUUUUACUAUAUCCAGCGCACGAUUACACAGGUCAAACAGUAACCACAGUGGCAGAGGAAAAGGUUUUAAAUCCUCGUCUAUCAAAAACCAAGGAACAAUUUGUGGAGAUCAUGGCUAAUCUCAAACUACCAUAUCCGAAACAGAUAGAUCGUGCCUUACCAGCUAACUUGGUUUGUGGAGUGUUUGAUGAUACCCCAAAGUAGGAACCAGUCACAACGCUUACAUUGUUGUAUGGUGGUUGUCAUAGCUACCAUUGCAGACUUGGUGUCUUGGAGAAUGAACACAAUAUGGAAGCCCUUGAACAAGUUAUAUUUAUCAAUUGUCAGAAAGGUUUGACGACAUUUGAAAUUGUUACAUCUGCCUGUAUCAUAGCCAUGUUUACAAUGUCUUUCAAUUUAGAAAUGCCAAGGAAUCAAUUUUUAUGUAAUUUUGUACAAACAGAUUUACACCUUUUUAUCAGUUAACAAAAUGUGCUCCAGUUUCAUAUUUAUUUUUUUGUAAUAAAUUUUUCUUUUGAAUUAACUGGGAACUUCAGAUCAAAUUUUAUAAGUUACAAUGUUUUGGGUUAGUAUAAAACAUUGUUGUUUUGACUUCAUAGUCUAAAGUAUCAGGAAACAUUUCGACAUUAUGCUAAGUUCCAGUGACUAUGAACAGAUCAGAGGACGAACUCUUCAUCUUUAUAGAAUACUCAUUUCUUCUUCAGUUCUUUUCUCUGAUUUUAGGAACAAAUGCAUUCUUGCCACCUUUUGUGUUUUAGUGAGAGUUUUUUCUCACUAUUUUGACCUUUAAACUCUAUUCAGUUUAGGUAUAGCUCUGAAACAGCCUAUGACUACCUGAUCAUGAUUAAGGCAUUGUAUUUCUCAGGACAUUUAGUUUUUCUUAAUGGUUUUAUUGAAAAAAAAAUAAAAUGUUUGGCAUAUAUAUGGAUUUUUACGACAUAUAUGGCUUCAUCUUCACAUUUUUAUUAAUUUUUUUACCCAGAAUUCUUUAAAUAAUUUUUUGUUGUAUAGUUACCACUGUGCCGCCCGACCACCCAUACAUCAUUUCAUUUGCUAUAUCUGCCGACUGAAAUUCUUUCUUGAUAUAUUGUAAUUAUAUAAUAACCUUUGUAUCAAACAAUACCAAACAUUUAAUAAAUAAUACCUGGUAAGCUAUAUUUUUUCCCAAGUUAAUAUAAAACUGACUACAUCAGGUAUUUCAACUUCAAGUGGCACGGGUUUUAAGUCCUUUGUACUUGAAAAUGGAGGGGAAUACAAAGUUUGUCUUCAUCUGUCUGGUUGGAUGGAUGGAUGGAUGCUGGUUUUUAGAUGAUAACUUGAAAAAAAUGAUGGAUUUUAAUGAAACUUCACUUAGUGUCAGGUUAGGAGGUAAUACAGUGUGGACGUGAGUUUGGGGUUGACACAUCAACUACGAAGUUACUAAAAAUAGACUUUUAUCGUCAGAUUUUGUAUUCAAGUUGAUAACUUGAGAAAGGAUUGAUGUAUUUGGUUGAAACUUCAUACAGAGUUAGCUUAUGAGGUAAUACAGAGUGGAAUUAUGUUCGGGGUGAAAAUGUCAAUUAUGAAGGUCACUGUUAAGAAAAAAUACUUUUUUUCGUCCUAUUUUGGCUUUCAAAUGAUUGACUGAUUGUAUGUAAACUUGAUGCAAUUUAAUAUCAUUAGAGAAUAUGCAUGAUGGGAUUGAGUCAGAGGUCAAAAAGUCAAUUGUGAAGGUUACUUACUACAAAAAAACAUAUAGAUGAGACAUCUGGUCAUCGCUCUCAAUUCCUUUACAAAUACAUCUACUUGUAAGUAUCAAGUUCAGCCAUUCACUUCUAAAAGACCAGUUUUGGUUCUGAUAUGUUGAUGGAAUUAGAUUUAUCCUAAAGGUAUUUAUAACUGUCUAGUGCUGGAUUUGUAAUUGUUAUUUUUAUUACUUUUUUUUAUCAACGAAUAUCUGUUCAUGAAAAUUUUGAGAAUUGAUUGCAUUUUGGAUAUAUGUACAUGUAAAUAGUAGUUUGAGAAUCAUCAUUUUAAGAUACUCUGGAGCAUUUUUCAUUGGCUGAAAUUGAUUGUGCUUUCCAAAUAUGGACAAUGAUGUUAUGUCAUGAAUUUUAAAUAGCACAACAAAAUGGCUUCCGACGUUUGAUUUUUGUAAAAUUGUUAACUUAAGAGCUUGUCUAAAAGUAUCUUUAAUUUUUUUUUUCAAAUUAUCUUGAAUGUUUUAAUUUCGUAUGGAGCUAUGGCUCACAAAAUGAUUUGUUUUUAUAAAACCUCAUUAUUGAAGAUUCUAUAUAUUUAUACAAUGUAUAUAUGUGAUUUUGAUGAUUCGUAGUAAAUGUGUUUUAAUAGUGUGUAAUAUAGAAUGUUGUAUAAUAUCAGAAAGUAAACAAAUAGAAAUAGUGAAACAUAUAUAUAUACACAGGUAAAUAAAAAGAUAUACAGGUUGUUGAAUAAUGGCCACAUUGAAUAAAAAUUUUAAUAUUUUUUUUUACUUUUAGCAGCUAAUUUAAAGGCAGUAUGUUUUUGUUGAAUAUAUAGAUUGUUUUAGGUUGUCAUUGGAUACGUUGUGUUAUGUUACAAAAGUGCUAAAUUCGGUCAUGUUGUAUUAUGUUACAAAAGUGCUAAAUUUGGUCAUGUUGUAUUAUGUUACAAAAGUGCUAAAUUUGGUCAUGUUGUAUUAUGUUACAAAAGUGCUAAAUUUGGUCAUGUUGUAUUAUGUUAUAAAAGUGCUAACUUUGGGCUUGUUGUGUUAUGUUACAAAAGUGCUAACUUUGGGCUUGGUGUAUUAUGUUACAAAAGUGCUAAAUUUGGUCAUGUUGUAUUAUGUUACAAGAGUGAUAAUUUUAUGUUGUCAUGCUUUUUUUUAUAUCCCAAAAAUUUACCAGUAGUUUGUGAUCUCACCUGGCCCAAAGCAGUAGAAACAAGUGUUUUGAAUACUUUUCCCAUAAUUUAAACAAAUCAUUUCAGCUAACUCAACCAGGUGAGCCAUACAGGCCAUAUAGGCCUCUUGUUUGGUGUUGUUUAUUAUUACUAUAAAUAAAGAAAUGUAUAAUCUC